AUGAAGCUAGCAGCUCGGUUCGAGCAAAUGAUGCGUGAUCGGAGGCACGACGAAUCUACGAAGGACCUCAAUGAUGAAGAAUUGCUGUCUAUGUUGAUACAGCGUUACAACAGCUACAAGGCCAACUCAGCGUUGAGGAAGUGGCAGCUGAAUGCCGAUGCUCAGGCUGCUAUCUUUGGAGUGAUCCGAGGCAUGUGCCCUGAAGCGCGCGCGCUUGUGCGUGCACAUUUGGACUUUAACAAGUACACGGAAUCUGCAAUGGCCAUCUUAGCCUACAACGAGUCCAUCCUCCGCAGCAAGCGACAUCAACUUCAUGAGGCUCCCAAAGGAUGCCCACCAGCAUGGAUUGACAAGCUCACUGACUUGGAAGCAGUGCUCCUCAGCAAACCCAACAAGUUUGGUGUGGAAGCGUUGGCAAUGUGGCAGGACUAUUGUGGAAGAGCGCUUGCGAAGGGCGCUUCAUCACUUGGGGGCGUGACGGAGUCCUCUGAGGUAUUGCACAUGAGAGACCAAAUCCAGCAGGGUUUGGAUGUUGUGGGGCGCUUCAUGGAGAAGCGGGCUUACAUGGUUGUGGGGGAAAGAAGCCAGGGUGUUGCAGCUCUGCAACGACGCAUGCUUGCAGACGCCUCCACUAAGUUCAAUGCUCCUUUGGAUAUUUCGAAGAUGCACCAUGUCGGGUACAUUGACUUCAGCAAGUUUGGACGGCUGACUACUAUUGACAUCAACCAGGCGGCUGAGUGGGCAAAGAGCAUUCUGACUCUGAACGAUGAAUACAGUAUGAUCUUGGCUGUUGCACCUUUGCUGGCGUCAGAAGGCGUGCUUGGUGGCAUUCGGGGAGAGAUGCGGAGGAUUGAGGACAAGUUCAUUGACAACAUGAUGGAAUGCAAGUCCAUCAACAUACCCUUUGACUUGAGCAGCGACAAGGAGGAAACCUCCCAGUGGGUUUCUGGCUUGGCGACCCUGAAGGAAAUGAUGACCGCCUGUGUCAGCCGCGUGUCAUCGCUGAAGCAUCAGACCUGUCUCUUCCACCACUUCAGUUGCUAUGAGGGAAAUUUUGAGAAGGUGAUGCUUGAUCUGAUGGUUGAAUUGAAUGACAGGGUCUACAUUGGCUUUCAUUCUUCGGCUCCCAAUCAGACCGUCUUUGAGUUUGCAGCAGCUAGUGUGAAGGACAAGCUGCUGGAGGAUUGGAAGCAAGGUGCCAAUUUGGUCGGGGCAAUGCCACCAAAGUAUUGUCCAACGGCAGAAAUGGGAGAUCUUCAAAUGCCGAAGCUGCCGCACUUGAAGCUCUGUUCCAUCAAUGAAGAUGGCCACCUGACCAUCCCGAAAGCGGAGAGAGAGAAGUGGCUGUCUGAUCCUGUGAGGA